AUGCAUCCGGUGCGACAUACACGCUCGUCGGCUGCGUCCUCUGCGGCAUCUGCAGCAUCACUGGCCUGCACACCACGAAGUGGAACACCAACACCAGUAGUACAUCCACCAGUCGCGACACGGGGCAUAAAGCGAGUCACUUUAACGAGCAAAAGCAACUGGUGGAUGGUUGAGAUGGAUGAGGAAGAAGAUUCAAGGGAUAGAAAUGCAACGACACAUACAUUCUCGUCUGAGGAGACGGCUGUGGUACACGACACGCAUCCUGUUAUUUCGCAACCUUUUGCAGACGUGGAUCCGGGAAGUCGCUCGCAGUCUCCAUCCCCAGAAACUUCACCGCACGUCUUCCAUCCGCCAGACCGGCAUCCAUCUGUUAUAUUCUCGUUUCCAACACCAACAGCUUACGCUGCCGCACACAACCCAACGGCAUACCUUACUCCCUUCGCAACAGGCUCCACUUCGGAGCUUUUCAAGUGCAUUGUCAAAAAACCUGAAGUCGUGCAGCUAGAAUUGAACGGCGAGCUUCAGUCUAACGCUUCGGAUGUAACCACGCAGUUUCUUGCCGAGCUGCGUGUAUAUACCACUAUUGGACGACAUCGAAACAUCGUUGGCUUUUUAGGAUGCUUAGAAGGGGUAGGAAUGGUUCUAGAGUUUGUUGACGGGCGGACACUCCUUGAUGUUGUGCGAGAGCGUCCAGAGCUCACGCGCGAACGCAAGAUCGACUUCCACAAUCAACUGCUAGACGGACUCUCGCAUUUACAUGCACAUGGGCUCAGUCACGGCGACCUCUCGCUGCUCAAUGUAUACGUUACCAAGACCGAUACAAUCAAAAUCUUAGACUUUGGCAGAUCUGUGUCCGCGGACUCAGCGUUCGCCGCACCAGAUGCGGCACCAGCAGACCCAUUUGCGUUCCUAGCUCGGACGAAAACUUCAGGCAGGUUAUAUGCGCAUCCUCUACACGCAAAGCGUCGAAAAAUUGAGCAAAUUCACCGUGGGACACGUCCAUUCACGGCACCGGAAAUUAUACGAGGAGAAUGCACCGAUGCGCGACUGGCAGAUGCGUACAGCUUCGGUGUCAUCCUUGUUUGCCUUGACCUCUGUGUACUCGUAGAUUGUGAUCCUGAAAUCCAGGUUCGUGACGAGAUUCCACCGCAUUUCUUGGAUGGGUGUCAGCUAUUCCGUGAUCGAAUCGUAUGGUAUUUACAGCGCGCUGAUCGGCGGAGACGCCUCUCGACCGACGAUUUCAUCGCAGUGAAGCGAUGGUGGGACGAAGAAGACUGAAUCAUCUACUUUCACGUUUAUUUUCUCCCAUGGUUACGUGCCCUACCAUGCCGAACGACGGGCAUGUGUUUUCUUUUCAAGUUAUUGACUUUUGUAGUAUACCCGUUCCCAUGCAUACUGUCUCAACAUCUUUUCUCUCAGGCCACCCAUUCACUCCAAAGGAACUCCUCGUUCUAUAUCACCACUUUGCCCUUCCACUUCCAAUCGCACGCACAC